GAGGAUGACCGUUAAGCAUGCAGUGAUCGCGGGAACGACUCUGCGGUUUAUUUAUAAAGUGCCUGGUGUGAGAUUCGCACGUGGAUUUUCCGGGAACAUGGGACCCCUCGAGACUGCCAAGAAAGCCGCUGCUUACAAAGCAGUUGAUGAAUUCGUCAAGACUAACAGUGUUGUGGGGAUUGGCAGUGGGUCCACUGUGAUCUACGCGGUACACAGAAUUGCCGAAAGAGUUAAAGAAGAGCAAUUAAGAAUCGUCUGUGUGCCAACGUCAUUCCAAGCUCGGCAGCUCAUUGUCAACAGUCACCUAGUGCUGGGAGAUCUUGAGACACACCCCAGGAUAGACUGCGUCAUUGAUGGAGCUGACGAGGUCGACGAAGAACUGAACCUCAUAAAGGGAGGGGGUGGUUGCCUCCUGCAGGAGAAAAUCAUCGCCUCCUGUUCAGAGGACAUGAUAGUCAUCGCUGAUUACACAAAAAACUCUGAAAGAUUGGGACAGCAGUACAAAAAGGGAAUUCCGAUAGAGGUAAUUCCAAUGGCAUAUGUCCCCAUUAAACAUAAGAUCGAGGACAAUUAUGGGGGCAUGGCUAAAAUCAGAAUGGCCAUUGCCAAAGCAGGACCAGUGGUCACUGACAAUGGCAAUUUUAUCCUCGACUGGCACUUCCCAGACGAUCUUGACAAAUCAUGGAAGAUCAUAAAUUCUGAAAUUAAGAUGAUACCUGGAGUUGUUGAAACUGGUCUCUUCAUAAACAUGGCUAAGAAAGCGUACUUUGGAAUGGCUGAUGGAACUGUCACCGAGCAGUCCCCGAAUGCAUAGAACCAAACAAUUAUUUUAUUGUGACCACAAUUUUUUUGCCAUUUUCACAGAUAAUGACAUUUAUUUUCGUACGUUAAAGGCUCUCCGGUCUCGAUUUGCUCAAUCGCCCUCUACUCUCAGUGGGUGUGAAUUGCUACUUUUCUUAAGAUUACUUUCUACAAGCUCGGGGUACUUACAUUGCAACAGAAAAGUUCAGGGAUUAUCUUUAUAUUCUACAGAAGAUGACUUGUUAACACAGAGUUGAUGUUUUUUUAUUAUUUUAUCUAGAUUUUUGAUAAUAUUCUCGAGAUUUGUGUCUCGUUGCAUCUGUUGUUUUGGAUAUUGCUGAGGGUCAUGAAGGUUUUUGGGAAUAAUAAAAUUAAAAUUUGAUACUGA